AUGAAGUUCACCGCUGUUACACUCCUCACUCUCGCUGCGGGUGCCUUGGCGGCCCCGGUUGCUGAAGCUGCCCCCGAAGCUGAGGCAGCACCAGGAUAUGCUACCUACGGCGAUUAUAAGGGCGCAGGUGAAGACCUCAAGUCUUAUCCUAGCUACGGAAGCUAUGGCGCAAAGCCAAAGCCAAAGCCUAAGCCUGCUCCGGCUCCUAAGAAGUAUACCGAUUAUGGAAGCUACGACUACAAGAAGUACGGGUCUUAUGGCUCUUAUAAGCGUGAUGAGGUUGAAAAGCGUGAGGCUGCUCCCGAAGCUGCCCCCGAAGCUGCACCUGAAGCUGAAGCCGCUCCUGGAUAUGCCACUUAUGGAGAUUAUAAGGGCGCAGGUGAGGACCUGAAGUCUUAUCCUAGUUAUGGAAGUUACGGCGCAAAGCCCAAGCCUAAGCCAAAGCCUGCUCCGGCUCCUAAGAAGUACACAAAUUACGGAAGCUACGACUAUAAGAAGUACUCGUCUUACGGAUCUUACAAGCGUGAAGCCGAGGCUGAGGCUGAGCCUUCUUCCAAGAAGCCUGCUCCAGCUCCUAAGAAAUAUACCAACUAUGGAUCGUACAACUACAAGAAAUACGGCUCUUAUGGCGCUUACAAGCGUGCCAAGGACCAUAAGGUGCACCGAUACGACCGGUGGGUGCAGAGAAACCCAGAGCUUCACCAGUCAUACCAAGAGCAAGCAAUUCGCGACGAAUACAAUCCUACAGGUGGAUCUUCCAACGCCUUCACUGGCAUAUACUACCCCAACCCUUCACUUGGUGGACAAGCUCUGAACCAAACCGAUACUGACCCCAGUAUCCUGUUCCCCCAUACUCCGCAGAGUCAAGCGACAAACCCUGAAGACGUUUCUGAAACAGACACUAUGGCGCCUGGCAACCGAUCCUCGGGCAAAACGAGUAACCCCUUUGCUCCUGAUGAUGAUCCGUUUGCUCGCCACACAGGUAAUAUCAAGGCUAAGGCUGGGGAAAGUGCCCAAAAUGCGAUCGGGAUGGGACAGAACGCGAUCCUCUUGGCAAAGGUUGUAAAGACUCUGGUCGAUGCAGAAAACACCCCCGAGAUGCGCCUAAAGGCCCGCUCCAUCCUUAUGACCAUGGGAGGCGUCGAUGGUCUUAUCAACAGCGUCACCACAAUGCAGACCGAACAGGCACCCGAGACGGCGGUCUCAAAGAUCGAUAGAGUCAUUAGGGAGGCUUAUCACCCUGGCAGUAGCGCCAGUGGUAGCUUCAACGACUCUCCUUCUGUUCCAAAGAGAAAAAGACGAGCGACUGAAACCCCAGAGCCCGACUCCGACGAAGAACUUCUUGCGGUGUUUAACACGCCGCCAAGUCGAGAGGAGGACCCAAUCCCUGUCAUCCCACGACCUUGGCCUGCGACACCGUAUAUUGUCACCGAUUCCGUCAACACUCGUAAUGGCCGCAAGGCUAUCUUUUCUCUUAUCGCAGCAGACGAGUGUAUGAUCUUCACGUCCCAAGAAGUUGCUCGAGUCUUUGGCAAACUCCUCAUUCAACUUCGGAAGAAGGUUUCUGAAUCUAUGCCGUUGUCGGCUGCCGCCCAGAUGGCUGGGAUCGACAAGUCUCUCGUCCUGUCAUUUGACAUGCCCCUAUAUUUUCCGAAGCCGGGUUCAUCUGAUGUCGCCUUGUACGUCAGAUCCGUCACUAACAUCGCCAUCUUCAACAGUGAAGCAGCUACCCGCCAAUUGGCACAAGAGACAAUCACAUUCAUGAGUUCCCGGGGUUGGCAGCCCUCCACUGGACUAAACAUCCGGUACUCGCGGCUCUUCACUACUGCAAAGGGCUUUGUCCCGAUUGAGCUUGUAGCCGACAAGCUCACCCAUUUGGGUCAAGCCUGGAAGCCUCUUGUUGUCGAGGAAGGAGACGAAUGGCCUCAAGUUAUUGCCGCCGAUGAUGUCCGCCAGCUUGGCUGGGAUGCUUACGACCAGAUCGGCCAGCCUCCCCAGGAUAAUGAAAACCAACUCGCUACUUAA